CAGAGCUCUCAGCUAGAUGGGACCAAAGCUUCACCGGGCCGCAGACUCAUACACUCCCACAUCAGCCCCUAGGGGAGAGAGAACAGAGAAGAGGAGGCAGGAAGAGAAAGCAGCACACAGAGAGCCGAAAGCUGCAGAUAGUGUGCACACUGGCUGAGAGAGAUACAACAGGAAAGCCAGUGCGUGCGUGCGUGCGUGCGUGCGUGCGUGCGUGCGUGUGUGUGUGUGUGUGUGUGUGUGUGUGUGUGUGUGUGUGUGUGUGCGUGUGCGUUUUUGGUUUUUUUUUCUUAAACUAGUUUUCUUCUAGAGCUGUUGAUGAGGCAGGCUCGGUCAACUCCAUCUCAUCUCAGCCUGGGGUCCAGAGGUGGCCGGGGGGGUCGAAGUUUGUACCACUUCUCCAGCUCGUGUGAUUUUAUUUUGCAACUUUUGAACACUGGAACUGUACUGUAAGCAUUAUGACUCUUCUGGGCUCUGAACACUCCAUACUGAUACGAAGCAAGUUUAGAUCAGUCCUACAGUUAAGACUUCAGCAGAGGAGGACACGAGAGCAGCUGGCAGACCAAGGCAUCAUGCCUCACCCGGCCUCAGACGGCUCCUAUCUGGACGCCCAGCUGAGGCUAAAGCGAGCCCGGCUCGCUGAGGACCUGAAUGAGAAGCUGGCUCUCAGGCCGGGGCCCCUGGAGCUGGUCCAAAAGAAUAUCAUUCCCCUAGACUCUGCCGACACACUGACAGUAAACCAUGGUAAGUUCCCUAAGCAGGAUGACUCUUACGCCUUUGAGGAGGACAGCAGCAGUGAGAGUCUGUCUCCAGAGCAGCACCACAGUGAUGAGUCACAGGGCUCAGCCUGCCCUUCAUCCGAGGCUGUGGGCAGUACGCCCUCCUCCUCGUCCUCACCCGCCCUCACCAGCUCUCGACAGGGGUGUGCAACCAGAGACCCACCUGAUCAAAGCCAGGAUGAAGGGCUGCCUGGCGCCAACAACAGCCAGGCUACUCCCCCCAUCCCUGUUCCUGCUAUUGUCAAGUCCAAGACGUCAGACAAGAACCGACACAAGAAACCCAAAGAUGUGAAGCCCAAAGUCAAGAAGCUCAAGUACCACCAGUACAUUCCUCCGGACCAGAAGGCAGAGAAGUCCCCUCCCCCCAUGGACUCAGCCUACGCCCGACUCCUGCAGCAGCAGCAGCUCUUCCUGCAGCUGCAGAUCCUCAGCCAGCAGAAACACUCUCACACACAUUCACAGACGCAGCAGUCACAGCAGCACACACACACUCCGCAGACACAGGCCCAGGCUCAGCAGAGGCAGCCCGCUUUCAGCUACCACCCUCACCCACCGGCCCAGACCCAGAAAGGAUCCAGUGAGCAGAUAUCAGCCUGUAGCUCCAGUGGUACGUCCAGCACAGCCAACAGCAACUCCCCCUCUCCAGUCAAGAACACAUAUCCACACCAAAGUAACAUCUCACCGGUCAAACCUGGGCCCCUGCCAGCCAAUCUAGAUGACCUAAAAGUAUCGGAGCUCAGGCAGCACCUGCGUAUUCGCGGCAUGCCUGUCUCAGGUACCAAGACCGCCCUCAUCGAGCGACUCCGGCCUUUUAAGGACUCCAACGCCAGCUCCUCGCCCUCGGGCUCCUCCGACAUCACCACAGUGACCUUCCCCGUCACACCCACAGGGUCCCUGUCCUCGUAUCAGUCCCCGUCCUCCUCCAGCGCCCUGUCGCAGGGCGGCUACUACCCUUAUCCCAGCACCUCUUCCACCCCUCCCAUCUCUCCGGCCUCCUCGGAGCUGUCCCUCAGCGGAUCGCUCCCCGACAGCUUCAGCGACGUGCCCAUGUCCUCGCCAACACAGUUCGCCCUGCAGCCGUCCCCGGCCCGGCUCAGCAUGGAGGACGGCCUGGGAGGAGGCAACCAGGGCAGUGGAGGACAGAGGGCAGGGGAGGGAGGAGGUAUGGACGGCCUGGAAGCUGAAAAAGAUAAAAUGCUGGUGGAAAAGCAGAAGGUGAUUGAGGAGCUGACGUGGAAGCUGCACCAGGAGCAGAGACAGGUUGAAGAGCUGAGGAUGCAGCUCCACAAGAGGAAACGCUGCUAUGGAGCAACACAGGACACCGUCCCUCCUCCAACGCACCCCUCCAUGCACCACCAGCAGACCCCAGCCAUGAUGGGCCAGCACUUCUUUGGGGUGACCAUCAAGCAGGAGCCCAUGUCCCUGUCCUCCAGCUGCCCUCUGUCCUCUCCCAAACAGCUCAAGAGCCCCCCUGGCAGCUGCAUGGAGGAAGUGGGACACUGCAACACCUCCGUAUCCAACCUGGGGGGCCCCGGUGGGGCACAAUGUAUGGACACAGGCCCUUCCUCUGGCAGCCCCUCGACCAUGUCUGCCUUCCUCAGUCCACAGUGCUCACCACAGGACUCUCCCAACGGAAAGCCUUCCAGUAGUCCCCAACCUUCAUCUCCUAAUAACCCUUACCUGCUGUCACAUCCACUGGGAAGGGACGGCUGCGGUCACCCCCACACCACGGGGAACAACAGAGCACGCAACAUGCAGAUCCAGCAGAAGAGAGGUGGCCAGCCGGUGAACUGUUCGUAUACUUCUGACCAAAGAGGCCUUCAGGGAGUCUUUCCCAACUCAGCUGAAUGUGGCCUUAACCAUAGCGGCUCAGCUAAAGCUGAGAACCAGAAUAUGCAACCAAAGAUUUCAGUAUUGCCCUCUCCUCGGCAUGUUGGCCAAAAGAGCCAGGUCUCUCCCCCCGCCUUCAGUAGCUCAGAUUCAGAUGCAUCUGACUUAAGACAGCCCCCAUGCUAUGAGGAUGCAGUGAAGCAGCAACUGACCAGAAGUCAGCAGAUGGAUGAACUUUUGGAUGUGCUCAUAGAGAGUGGAGAGAUGCCAGCUAACGCCAGAGAAGAGAGAGAGAGGUCCUCUGUAACCAAAGUUGUGCCUCACAUUACUGUGUCCCCAGGGUGUCCCGGCCUCCUCAUCCCAAGGUUCCACCGUCACUAUGAACACCUGUACCCCACCCAGCCCCCAUACGACCAUUCGGCCAAUCACAUCACUGAGAGCCACCUGGAGACUCUGCUGGGAAGUCCAAUCGGCCGGGGAGGGGAAGUGGCCCUUCUUAAAAUGACUACGGAGGACGGGGUCCUGGAAGACGAAGGGAACAGGGAGGGCGAAGGGUACAGCAGCCCCCACAGCCACCGACGCCACCCUCACCAUCCCCCACAGGACAAACUUCUGACCAACAGAGAUCAGAUGGACACCCCUCUGUCGCCCACCAGCACCAAGGUGUCCACCUUCCCCGAGGUGCAGGGGAUGGUCAGCAUGACGUUCAGUGAGACGCCGUGGGAAACAAUGGAGUGGUUGGACCUGAUGCCGCCCAGCUCAGCCACGGCCUUCAGUGUUGCUCCACCCAGUGGCCCCAGCAUCUUCAACACAGAGUUCCUGGAUGUCACAGACAUUAACUUGAACUCUGCUAUGGACCUCCACCUGGAGCACUGGUGAAAGCAAUAUCCCCACCAAAGUGCUGGCUAGCAACAAGCUAGCCAUCAGCUGUCACACACUAGACACCAGCUUGAAAGUAGCUGUACAGACUGCUGAUAUCAGCUCUGACCAUACCAAAGAACAAUCGAAUUCUUCCCUCAACGGCUUCAGUCCAAGUGCCAAAAUGUGCUUCUUGUUAUAAUACAGUCGGAGGCUACACAACAGUAGACCAUUAGCCUACAUUCAAAGAUUGAAGGCUAAAUCAGAAGUUGAACUACAGAAUUAUAUUUUGACUUAUUUUCUCCACUUCAUGGAAAUGAGAUUUUUAUGUUGUUGUCAUACCCAGAAUCCAAAGACCAGGUGCUUUUUUUGACAUGAUCGCACAGCUGCCAAAUAAGUAUGACAGUACCCACAUGAAGGAUGGAAGGACAUAUUUACAGUGCUUUAUACAAACACUUUAUGCAAUAUCAGUGUUAAGUCACCUAGACUUGAAGACACAUUUUGACAGUCAUUGUAUACUUUCUGAGUCUAUGUUUGUAUUACUGGAAAAAAUGAAAGGAAUUUCAAGGUGAGUUGGAUUGCUUAGUACGGCCAUUUUGUAAAUAUCAUAACUAUCUGGACUGACAGAGACAAGCUGACGUCUGCAUAUUUUGUCAGUGGUGUGGGAAAGGACACAAACCACAAAUCAAGUGUAUUAUGUAAUCAAUUCCUCAUUUGAUGUAAAUAUGACAAAAAAAAAAAUCUCACUGCGCACCUCUAGCUUAAUACACAUUUGUCACAGUUUGCUUGAACUUAGAAUAUGUGUGUAGAAGUGGUUGUCAUUCCUUUGAAGGUCCUUUUUUUUAAUACAAGUUUCUUUUCACUGUUUGGCCUAUUUAUCCACAGGAUAAUAUUCUGGAGAAAAAAUGAUGUCUUUUAAAAAACCUUUGGUCUUAUCACUUUAAUCGGCAGACAAACUGUGCCUUAUUUGCAACAUCUUUUUAUUAUUAUACAAUUUUUAUACCAAUUUUCCCUUUACAAUUUAUACUAAUUUAGUAUUCCCUGAAAGCUAUCGACAGAUAUUAUUAUAGAAACCUCCAACAUAUGUUUUUCUUUAGCUGCAAAAUCAGAAGAAUGUUAAGGAAAAAUGCAACUUCAUCUCUAUUUUUAAGUACUUUUAUUUUUGUCCUUACAAAUUUCACCCCUUCCAUCACCAGGCCAAUCACAGUUAUUUAUUUUGUGUUUUUGUAUUUAUACUUUAUCCUGUAUUUAUACUGGCAUUCCUAGUGUCCUAGAUUGGGGCUCUUUUUGAUUUACCAGAAAACUCCAGUGCUACCAUUUUGACCAUGGACAAUUCUCUUAAAAAUGUGAUGCAAAGUGAAGGAACCACUUUGAAAAGCCAUGCUUUCUUAAAACACUUUUCCUUAAAGAAUCAUGUGAAGCGGAAAUGCCCAUUAUUAGCACUUGUGAAUAGGAAAAUGUAAUAUAUUCAGACCUUUACUGUGAAUACUGCAUAUAACGCAGCACGAACAGGUACCAGAGCCAGCCUAGACACACAGUAGUUAGCCUAAUGUGAGAACUUCAAAACACCUUUUAAAGUUUAUGUUUUGGUCAGUAAGUGUCUAUUUUUCACACAUAUAAAAACUUGGAGUAAUAGUUUAACAUUUUGGGAUAUACACUUAUUAGGUUUCUUCCUGAGAGUUAGAUGAGAUCAUUAACACUCUCAUAUCUGUCUGCUAAAUAUAAGGUUACGGAGCCAGACUAGCCGUUUCCCCCUUAUUCAAGUCAUAAUGCUAAGCUAAGAUGCUCUCCUAGCUACAACUUCAUAUUAACCAAAAAGGUAUGGGACUGGCAUCAGUCUUCUCAUCUAACUCUCGGCCAGAAAAGCGAAUAAGCGUUCUUUUCCAAAAUGUCACACUAGUGCUGUAAGUGCAUUGGCCAAUACAUUUCUUGCAUUUACGUUUACAUCCUCUGUAAACAUGGGUCUCACUUUGUGUUCUGUUUCGACCAAAUUUUGUUUUUUUUCUGUUACUUAUGAAGUGUUGCACUUAUUGAAUGGGUUCUACGGUUACAUGUAGGCUAUUAAUGCCCAUCUUGAAUAUAAGACAAAGCUGAUAUUCUUUACUUUCCUUCCUCUGUUAGAAUAUCUACUGGCCUUUUUUUUUUUUUUUUUAAAGUUUAUCUAGGUUCAUUUCACAAUAAUUUUCCCUAAUAAAGAAA